AUGUCAAAAGCAAUGGCAACAAAUGAAAAGUACCACGGCUCCCUCUGCAGGUAUGCAACAGACGUGCCAUUGAGACAUACACUAGAGUAAUGGAGAGGAGAGAUGGGAGAGAGAGACAGAGACAUGGGGAGAAUCUUAAAUGCAUUUCCUUGAUUCCUCGAGUCCUCUCUCCUCGACUCCUUUUAAAAACCAAUUGGAUGAGAAGGUAAGAGGUCCCUCCCCUCUGACAAUUGGUUUUGUAAGGAGGCAAGGAGAGAGAGGAUGCGAGGAAUCAAGGAAAUCCAAUUGAGAUUCUCCCGGAGACAACGGCUUAGUCCCAAUAGAGAAACACACAGAGACUGAAAGAGAGAGAGACACUCCCAAUUCAUUCCUUUACCCUCCUUUUGAUCCCAACUCUUCAAUGUUUGCAGAAUUGUAUGGUGGAAGCAAUAUGACUCAUCCACUACACUGGUUAUACCUAUCCAAACUCUCCAAAUCUGCAAACAUUGAAGGGUUAGGGCUAAGGAGAGGAUUCAUGGAUUUGGGACCAGCUGAAAGAGUUAGCAUUAGAUAUAAUAAGGAAGAUACCAUUACAGUGGCUUUUCUACAUUCCUGCUAAGCACAACUGCUUUCUGCUUUAGAGCCGCAAUCCUGCAUUUGUUUUUAAGUAAAGGAAGCCCUGCCAUUUGAUAUUCAAGAAAGCUAAGGGAUAGUGCUCAAUAAAUAUCUCGUAAGCACUGUGGAAGGUACAAAUGGGAAAAUAUGAAUAAAAUGAAAACCCAUCGCCACUGUGGAGCACCUCCCAUUUAGCUAUCCUAUGCAUGAUAUACAAAAUGUGUAUAUUUAGGGCUGCAAUGAUGCUUGUGAUUCAUAGCAGCUCCAUUCACCACUCAGCUCCAUUAUAAUGUGUCAUCACUGAAGUAUAACAACAAUGUCUUAUUUCUCAAAAACACUGCAACCAGGUUGUUAUAAAUAUGUUAAUAAUGUGCAAUUGAAAAAUAUGACCAGUUAGUUUAGAAUGUAUGCAGUAUAGGCUACACAUAAUAUUGCAAUACAGGCAAAGCAGUGUUAGAAAACGUUUACAUUCAAUAGUAGAUGUGUAACUAGGCACAUCAUCUACUUUAACUACUGUAGACUACAGGCAAAACAAUUACACAGUUAACAAUAGUUUUAGGGUCUCGCAAGCGCUUUAAAUAGGAAGUCAAAUUAAUGCAGCAUAUGCGAAAGAACUGCCUUGCCCAGAGCAUGGUUUGCUGAUAGCGAUGGAACUCAGGCUUACGAGGGUUUUAAUAACGCAUCGUUCAACAACAGCCGAAGAUGUAACAUCCGUUUCCCAAAACACCAUGCAGAAAGAACGUUCACUAAGUUGUUGGAGCAUGUGCCGCUAAUGAAAGGAUCGAAAGAAAGGCAGCGCUGCUCUCAGAUCAGCUUUAUAUAUUAAAAUCUUACAUUAACAUUAUAAUUGUUUCACAACAAUGACGACAGAUCAGCUCCUAGAGAGAUAUAACCACCUAUGGCUGCAAAUAUUGAGGCAGUUUAUUCUAAUGCUUACCCAAUAAGUACCAGAUUUGGCACAUCAUUGUGCACAUGUUGUUACACAUCAUUACAUAUAUUGAGGCAAUAAGUACAGGCAGUGGCCUACAAUUUGCAAAAUAGAACUCAAUUGGUUGAACAUGAAAUGUAUUUCAAUAUGAAUUAAAUAUAUAGGCCUAUGUAGCCUACUGGAUUUAUCUUUUAAUUCAGUCAUCUCAGUUUUAAUUUCAUUUAUCCUUUGCUUAUUUGUAACAAUUACAAAGAUAUUGGCAACUUUGUAUUUGUAGUUGACUGUUCUAAAGUUACAAGUGGUCACAGAGAGACAGAUAAACAUUUUGAUUCUAUGUUUAGCUUGACGUACAGUGCUGCUUGAAAGCAUGUGAACCCCUUGUGCAAUUACAGAUUUUUUCUGUUUUUACCAUGAAAUCUUAAUUUAAUCAGAACCAGUCUUUUUGAUCUGACAUAGCAGGUUUAUAUUUACCAAUACCAUAUGUUGGUGUAGAGUAAAUCAUGCGUGUAGUAGAAAAACAAAAUUAAAAAGGAAUUUGUGGAACUGCAAAAAUAAGUGAAACCCAAGUUGCAUUGGUUAAGUCAAGUAGGUAAGUAGAAUCAGGUGGGUAAAUAAUUACCUACCAAAUGAACCAAUCAAAGGAGAGAUUGUUAGGAAAGAGUUUGGGCGGAACUCUGAUAAAUACAGAUAAGAAACCUGGUCAGUUUGGUGUUACCCAUCCAGGUGAAUGCAAAGCACACCAUGCCGAGAGGAUAGGAGAUCUCAGAGGACAUCAGGACGAGGGUAGUGAGAGCACAUCAGUCUGGGGAAGGCUAUAAAAUCAUCUCAAAAAGAUUUGAGCUCAAUAAGUCCACUGUGAGACAAACAAUUUACAAAUGGAGAGCAUUUAACAUGACAGCAACUCGGCCUAGAAGUGGACGCCCUUCCAAAAUAUCCCCAAGAGCCACAAGAACAAUAAUAAAUGAGGUAAAAGCCAACCCAAACAUAAGAUCUAGAGACCUCCCUUGCUGCAUCUCAGGUAACUGUGCAUGCUGCAACAAUAAGAAGAACACUGAAUGGAAAUGCCAUACAUGGGAGGGUUGCUAGGAAGAAGCCUCUGCUGUCAAAGAACCAAACUGCCCCUCUUAACUUUGCCAGAAACCACCUGGACAAGCCUGAAGGUUUCUGGAUGUCCAUUCUCUGGACCGAUGAGUCCGAAAUUGACCUUUUUGGUCACAAUCAACACUGGUAUGUUUGGCGAAAACCCAAAGCUGCCUACAACCAAAAUAACCUUAUCCCAACAGUCAAGCAUGGUGGUGGGAAUGUCAAGAUCUGGGGCUGCUUUUCCUCUUCUGGACCUGGACGACUCCACAUCAUUAAGGGAACCAUGAAUUCUGAGGUAUACCAGGAGAUUCUUGAACAGAAUGUUAGGCCAUCAGUCAAGGAGCUGAAAAUGGGUCUUCCAACAAGACAACGACCCAAAGCAUUCAAGCAAAUCUACCAAAGAAUGGCUCAGGAGAAAGAAGAUUUGUGUUUUGGAUUGGCCAAGUCAAAGUCCUGACCUAAAUCCAAUCGAGAUGCUGUGGCAGGACCUGAAGCGAGCAGUUCAUGCCAGACACUCCUCAAACCUCACUCAAUUGGCUGAGUUCUGUAAGGAGGAGUGGGAUAAAAAUCCCUCAAAACAGAUGUCAGAGACUGAUUACUGGCUAUAGGAGACGUUUAAUCCAAGUUAUCGCUGCUAAUGGAGGUGCCACAAGCUAUUGAAUGAAGGGGUUCACAUAUUUUUGCACACAUCAAAUCUGAGUUUCUGUUAAAUAAACCACUUCUGUUAAAUAAACAAUUAAAAUAUAUCAUAUUUUUUUGUUUCUGUCAUUUUCUUGGAAUGUCUUUAUUACGAAUUGGGGUUAAGGCAAAAUAAUGACCAGCCCUGUAGGGUUCACAUACUUUCAAGCAGCACUGUAUGUUGUUUGUUGUUGAACGCUGAAAGCUGAACGAAAGCUGAACGAGAGACCACGGUUGAUUGUUUUUGUAAAGCUGACAAUGUUUUUGAAUACUUUUAUUUUAUUUUGGAUACUGCGGCUCUGUUGUGUUUAGUUGCUAUGAGCGCUGCUGUCUGUACUGGGAUCCUGCCAGAUUCCGCAUAGGGGAGAGACACGGAAGCCCAGCUUGCCUAGCUGGCUUGGCAGUCUCAAAUGAAAGGUCGCUAUUGAACAUUUCCAGCACUGCAGGAGCUGUGUUUAUUUUGCUUUGUUCCGGGACAAUGUGGACCACGCUGACUUUCAAUGUAGCAACUGCUAGCAAACCAACACAAGUUACUGGGGAAUCCACGCACGCCUAAUUUUUCUUUUUCUCUGGUCUGGUGGAAGUGUCGCUGCCGUGUCGGCUCUCCACAACCGACUGCCCAGUGCUCAGCAGGGAUCCAUCCCCGAAGGGGUCUCCCUCUUCCCUGGAGAACGGAGCUGUUCUCGACUCAACCAACCAGCCAUGGAGAUACAUCACUCACCAUGGAAAUCGAAGAAAGAGUCCUCUGGCAACGGACGUCUCCUUGGAGAUGUUAAGCCCGGACCUGACAUAGACCAGAAACGGCUUUGCCGCCCUUGA